AUGGAUCCGCGGUACUGGACGUUCGACGUAGAUCGGUACAUCAACCGGGCCAUCCCGCCGCCGCCGUGGCGUCACAUACCGUACCCAGUCGCGCGGUUCCUCGGGCACAGGAGGGAGGGCGACCAGCCGCAAGGGACGGGGAACCUCGUGCCCAUCUUCUGGGCCUGGAUCGGUGUGUUUUGCGGCGUGUCGGUCAUAGAGGCCGUUGCGGCCCAUAUCCCGUCCUUCAAGGACCACGCGGCCCCCAUCAUCGUGGGCAGUUUUGGUGCAGCAGCAGUCCUCGAGUUCUACGCGAUCGAAUCCCCCCUCGCCCAGCCGCGCAACGCCUUCUUCGGGCAGAUCAUAUCGGCCGUGGUGGGCAUCGCGAUAUGCAAGCUCUUCCUCCUCAGCGACGACUUCGAGUCCCUGCGGUGGCUCGGCGGCGCGCUCGCCUGCGCGUCCGCGACGGCGCUCAUGGGGCUAACCAAGACGGUGCACCCGCCCGCGGGGGCGACGGCUCUGCUGGCCGUUACGGACGACAAGAUUGUCGGGAUGGGGUGGUUCCUCUUGCCUGUGAUGAUACUCGGGUGCGUGCUCAUGCUGUCGGUGGCGAUGCUCAUCAACAACCUGAUGAGGCGGUUCCCCGUGUACUGGUGGACGCCGGAGGAUCUGAGGAAGGGCAAGCGGCAUGAGAUGUUGGAGACGAAGCUGUCGAAUCAUGGACGGGGCGCGAGUUCGGAAAAGGAGCUUGGCAGUGCCGCCCAGGACGACCAAGAGAAGAAAGACGACGAGACGGACUUGGAGGCUGGUGGGAACAGCUCGACGUGGGUAUCUUCAGCCGUGAGCACCGGCAACGACACGAUCAUCUCGGAGACGGAUGGCUCCGAGGUUGUCGUGCGGCGCGGGCAUAUCGUCGUACCAGAGCACAUUCUUCUGACGCAGGAGGAGAAGCUGUUUCUGGAGGAGCUGGCCAACCGCUUAUGA